CGCGCGGGCUCGGGGUUCGUGCGGGUCGGGGCCGCCUGCCGUCCUGAGGGAGCCGCGCAGAGGUCCAGUGAUGGCGCAACCAGAAGGGGCUUCUGUUGACUGCAUGGCACCAGACAGAGAUGGGGACAUUGGAGACCAAAGUGAUGACUCAUCUGAUAGCUUAUUUAAAACACAGUAUCUUUCACCUACACAAAAGCGAAAAAACUCUACUGCAAAACGUGUCAUUUUACCUGCAAGUGUUGGAAUGGACUCAAGUGAAUCGAGCGACUCCUCUAUAGAGCCAAGGCCUUUGACGUUAAAGGCUAUUUUUGAAAGAUUUAAGAGAAAGAAACGGAAAAAGAGGAAAUAUAAGCCAAAAUUAAGACCAAGGGGAAGACCGCCUGGAAUAAAAAAUGCUAAAAACCCUAGAAGAUCACAAAUAGGUUUGAAACAAAUUAAAAACAAAGGAGCUGUGUUUCCAUUCUUAGAACCUGAAAGUGGAAGAAAACCCUUGCCUUGGAGGAAAAUUUUAACAUAUGAGCAAGCUGUUGCAAGAGGGUUUUUCCACCACAUUGAAAAACUCAAGUAUGAGCACCACCUUAAGGAAUGCUUGAGGCAGAUGCAUGCUGGGGAAGACCUAGAAAGGGAGGAUUUCGAGAGUCGGAGACACAGAUACAUGGAUGAUGACGGUCCUCUUUCUCCUAUUGAAGAGCCACUAACAGAAGAUGAGGCAGCAGAUGCUGAGUCUGAAAGUGAUAUCAAAUUGGUGGAAGACAGUUGCUUCAUAAUAAGCUCAGAAUUUUCAAAGAGAAAUUUAGAACAAGAGAAGAGUAAGAAAGAGUCUGCAUUCUGUAAAAAACCUAAGGCCAAAGAUGCUGCACAGAGAGAACACAGAAGGGCCUGGAAAGGGGAUGUACAUGUGAACGUCGAGGAAGGCUUGUCUUGAUUAUGAAGCUAGAGUUGAAGAUAAUGUACAUGGGUGUUUGCUUCAAUGCAGCACUGGCAUGUCCUUCAUAAGAUUAGCAUUGUGUUAGGGAUGAAUAUGAGCAGAACUCUUCAAGCAUAUUGGGUGUUGUCAAGUGAGAAGCCGACCUUAAAAUGGUUCCUAAAAAUAAAUGGAAGAAGUCACCAGAAAACUUCCGGUAGAAGACAUUGAAUUUGUCCUAUUUGUCUUUAACCCAAGGAGAGAGGAAAAAAACAAA